UUUUUAUUGUUGUCCACCUUUGGAAGUCAUUCCUAAGCUUUAGUUUCAGUGUGAGUCAUUGUACAGUGAACAGUAGUGAGUUUAGUGUGUCUUUGCAUCAUUAAAACCCACCUGUACAACAAAGCAUCGUGUCAUUGCUUUGAAAUCCGGUUGGGCCUGUAAAGGGUUUUGGAACAGAGAAAAGAGCAGUGUUGCUAAUGUCCUUAUUUGCAAUAGCCAAUAAGGACAUGAGUGGUCAACUUUUGGACCAGUUCUUUUACCUUCAGUUAUGCAAUCCUGUAGUUAACUUUGACGCUAAUCUAGCAUGUCAGUCUUGUGUAGUUUUCGUAGCACAAUGGGUCUAAAUGCUGCAGUCAAAUUAGCGUUAAAGGCUAUAAAGGAGCUUUUUAGCAUCACGGUGAGACUUGUGCCAUCUGAACUUUUGCAAGUCCUUUCAGAUCUGGAUGAUUUUAAGGCCUAGCUAAAGCUAGCAGCAGAGUCUGUUUUUCUGGCCUUUUUUGGAGAGGCACAAAGAAAAAUAAUCUGAAAUAAGUGAUUGUCACUAAGGAAGUGCUGUGGGCUCAGUAUUGAUAAUAAAAGCAACACCAUAGUGUCAUAAAGUACACAUUCAUUUCAGUUAUUGUUGGAUCUCUUUUCUUUUUUUAAAUGACCCAUAUAGAUCUACUCUACACAAAAAGCAAUUUUUUUUUCUGUUUUUGUUUUUUAAACAAAAAACAGAAAUGCAUUUCUGUUCAGUUAAAAAAAUAAAAUAAAUGAAAGAGUAGAACUGUUUUUAAUCCUUUAAGACAGAUUUAACACAAGCAAAGCAGGGCUAAUACAGCUGACUGCUAAUACACAGUCACUUUAGGUUUCCAUGUUUCGAGUCAGGUUUUACUUUAAAUCUAGAAUAAAGCCUGAGCUGAGUUUGAUGCUCGGAGGCUGUUUUCAUGCUGAUCUUCAAAAGCAGGUAAAUUCCUCAGAGCUCAGGUCGUUGAACGCGUGCACAUGCAGCACAUACUCCAACGUGCCGAAUAUAUAUAUUUUUUUUUUUAGCCAACGCCUUUAACAAUGAUUAGCUAAAUGUUCUGCACAAGAUUGAAGACCAUGUGCAUACUAACUAAUCAGUAACUUGAUCAGCCGUCCACAUUGUGCAGGACACGCCAGGAUGAGGAAACAAGUGUAGAAAAAAUACUGUCGGCGUCAUGACUGACAUGCUCCAUUGUUUCUGAACUCCAGUGCAAUUUUGCUGUAAAACUAGUUAACACAGCUUAAAAAUCAUUAUCAUUCACUUCUUUGAAAUAAUCAGUUUAUGAGAACAAGUCUUCCAUGUAAAUGUGCCAAUUUCCUCUUUUGUAACUUCCAAGUGUAAACGCAGCAUGUUGCACAUCGUUUGGUACUUCACGUCUAGUCUUUAUCAGCCGGUUUCAGUGCUUAAAGUGGAACCUUGAAUCCAAAAUGAGCUUUAGCAUUACACUAACAUCAUUCUUCAUUGUUGUGUUGGCAUUUAUUAAUUUGUCAUCAGUGAUUUCAUUCUAAACAGAGCUUGGUUAUUAGUGUUUAUGAGUCUGUUGGGUGCUUCGUGAUAAUCACACAUUGGAUCACAUCAGCGCAUCUGCUUUCCUUUUUUUGAAUCUGUCUGACAAAUCUGUCAGAGGCACGCUGGGUUUAGUGUGCCGUGAAAUGCAAAUUUAGAAAAGCAAAAAGUGCAGACUAGCUGCAGGUUUGAGAAAUUAUUUUUUUAAAAUUCUUUUAUUUUAUUUUUAUUUUAACCUCAGAUCAGUCCAUGCUUUAUUUGAGGUUUAAGGUCAUGUGCCUUAACUACUUAAGAGUGUUUGAUUGUUUGGCCUCAUAAAUUUCUUGGUUGCCGUGUCUGGAUGAUAAGUGAGUGUCCUGCUGCGCAUCUACCUUUAAACAUAACAUGUAGCAUCGAAGAACGCUGUGUUGCGUUGUUAAAUAGAAAGAAGGGAACAUGAAGGUUCGAAUAAUGACUUUUACAACUGUUUAGAUUGAGCAUAUCAACAAUGAUUUCUGUUCAGUUCUUCUCGUGUGGCUGAAAACAGCCUCACUGUUCUUUGUGUCCUGUGUGUUGAGCACAAUACCCAGAAUAAGAGAAGCGUUAUGGGUCCCUUUCACAUUGCUGAACUUUAUAAUUGCUUGGCUAUGUGACACUUUCACUAUGUUUAAGCUGUUACCGUUUGACCGUUGUGUCUUUUUGAGCCUCCAUAAACAUUAAAAAUUAUUUUAAUUGACUAUUUAGUAACACAACUUGCAACAGCAUGCUUUUCUUUUUUUUUUUCUUAUGUUCCUGUGGUAAUGGCUGGUUUCAUGGACGCGAGCAUAAACCGUAAUUUAAAAAAAAAAAAAAGGCAGCCAGAGUGUAAAUGUCUUAAACCUGCAUUCUACCUGAAGGUCAAAAAAUGGUCAUAGCUGUGGCUGCAAAAAGCUUUGUGGUCCUAUAGACGUCUGUGGGAAAACAUAACACUUUCCUAGCGAGUUUAUGGGCUCGGUCACUUGUUUAACGUCCCACUCAAUUUUUUAAAAAAAAGAAAAAAGAGAGGAAGUCUGUUUGUUGUAAAUCCUUGUCAUUAUGUUUCGAAAUAGUGUUAUCUACACACUCACUGGCCAAAAGGUGAUCACUCACAAACCAUUAGUGAAUAAGCGUAGGAGCUUUGUGGUCAUUCCUACCCCUUUUUGUCACAUCCUGUUGUUUGCAACCAAAGAUGAAGGCGGCAGGACCGAUCAUGUCAAGGCUUCAGAUUGGGUGAUGUCGCUGUGGUUACGUCCAUCUUUUCUGCUGUCAGUCUCUUGGUCAUUUUUUUUGUUGAUACUUUUUUUUUUUAAAAAGCCAAAGUUUCCUCAAAUCUUGGAUGCUCACCAAUUUGCAAAUGAAUCACCUUUUCAACUUUCAUGUACAGGAAUCCAGUAGUUUCUCUGCAUAAAAGAUUGCAUGCAAUCCAACAUAUUUUGAUAAUGUUGUUCAAGGCGUCAGCACUACUUGUUUCUUACAGUCACUGUGGCAUCACUGUCAUAUACACGAGUCACCUUAUUUGAUUGUGCCCUAGAUCACUCAUCGUGCUGCAGUUAGGAAAGUCUUGACAUUCAAACUGUUGAUCUCUUGACUCGAUCAAUCACAUAAGUGUCUGCGUUUGUUCAGGCAGAUUAGCUCCCUUAAAGCUGCUCGACAGGUUAAAAGUAGCAAAACCAGACUAUCUUUAUUCCAAAGGCUGCACUGUAGUUCUUUUCAGGAUAACCUGGUUUCACAUAUUCAGUGUUUACAAGUGUAAUGUUUGCACCUACUAAGGACCCUCAGCUGCUGUGACCAGUAGGUGCUAUGCUUUAGGGCAGUAGGAAGAAGGAAAUGUGAUUAAAGGUAAAGUAGCACCAGUUGAGACCUUCCUAACUGGAAACUUGCCUCUUAGAUCACACUCUGUGGAAGGGUGUGGCUGUGAGUGCUCAAAGCAGAUGGAUGCAGCCUUGUUUCACUCAUUGUCGGCUUGUUUCGGGGAACUGCAGACACAUGUGGCCACAUUGAUACCCGACACCCUAAAUACACCCUGAAAACUUCACAGUGCAUUGUUCUGAAGACCAGCCAUGCUACUCCCUUUGUUCUGUGUUGUGCCUCAUUGCUUUGUUGACUUCCACUUGAAAGACGAGAGCUGAGGCAACUGUAGUCAAAUCCGAAGUACCGCUGAAUGCACACAGAGUGCUUAUGUCAUGCCUACAUGUGCUAAAACAUAAUCAGAACUUAUGUUAAUUUUUUCCCACUAAGUAGAGAUUUAAUUGAACCAAAUUUUGGCCUUUUAUUAAAUCUACAAGUACGUUUAAUUCCUUGUGAUCAAAACUACUUAAUUAUCCAGAGUGGCCCAAUGGUAGUGACAAUAUGUUUAAUAUAUUAUUUUGAGGUAAAGCCCAAUGAGAUGCACCAAGCGUGAGCAGUUCACACAAGCAGAGAUAAGAAACAGAGUGUGCAUUACUAGCAUACCAGUGAACAGGUGUAGUGAUUUACACAUUUGUGAUUGUGGGAGGAGACACAAAUCCAUUUAGGGUUGUCAGGAAGGGCAUCUGUUGCAAAAACGGGCUAAAUUAAGCGUGCAGAGAAUAAGAAGAGUUCAAAUUAGUUGGGUUUUAUGUUUGUUUGCUUUAUAGAAAUUUACUGUAAUGUUAGUGAUCAUCCUCAAUCUUCCACUAAAACCUUUCUAAAGGAUUCCCAGAAAUGCCCCAAAAAUAUUUUACAGCAGGUACUAUUCAUAAACUUUGACUCAGCUCAGUUUUUUCUAAUUAUAUAAAUGUACACUGAUGUGAAAAUGUCAGCGGGGAGACUAAGGACAGCUAAUGUCUGAAGGCAACUUCUUAUUUGGUUUGUGACUUAUUUGUGUUUCCUGUUACAGUCACACUGUAGGUUCCCAUUAUAUCAUGUGUGAAAUGUGAUUUUUAUGCUAUAAUGUUUAUCCUCUCAAUAAAGUCCAUAUUGUUUAAGUCUCUCUCUGCUUACCGUAGAGCAUGAGGAAGUUCAAAUAGAUCCUGGUGUAAUACCAUAACCCAGAAUUGCAUAAUUUCCUAACAAAAGCUCUGUUGAUGUGUUUGAUUGUUUCCUUUCUUAAGCUGACAGAUCACAUUAGUCAUCUGUCAUGCCCAUUGGUCUAAGAGGCCUUUCAUUGCAUUGUACCAGGUCUAUGAGCUCCGAGUUGUACCAGCGUGGUUUCAGUGUUUGAGAUAAUCACACCUGUCUGACAAGGAAGGUCCUUCCCAGAAAUGGGCGGGUUCAGUACAGCAGAGUGGGUGGAGUCUGCGAUGAAGUCAACUUUAAGAUGAGUGAGAGGUCUGAUUCAGCAGCAGAAUGCAACAGGAAGGUUUAGUGUUAAGUCCUCGCUGGGCCAAAUAUAGCCACGGACGAUCCAUCAGCAGGGGUGGCGUUGCUGCUUGUUGUUGUUAGUUGUUUUCAGCGCAUGGAGACACUUCCAGCCUCUCAGACUGCCGGUGGCUGACUCGCGACUGGACUUCAGGAAGCAAACUGAUUCAGCUGCUAUAAUGUGCAGCUUUCAAGGAAGUAGUUAGAAGCGGAAUGAAGUGUUUUGUCAGAACGGGCCACGACGACAGAGCCCCGUUCUCCAGCUGAGUCAUCCUGAAGCAGCAUCUCCGUUACAUGUGUACAGUUAUGAAGUUCAACCAGUGUGUACUGCAGGACGCUCCUGCGAGCCACAGCGAGAACAGGGUCUGGAAAUGGCACAUUCAGGAUCCCGCCAGCCAGAGGCUGACGUGGAACAAACCACCAAAAAGUGUCCUUGUCAUCAAGAAGAUCCGAGAUGCCAGUCUGCUACAGCCUUUCAAAGAGCUCUGCAGGUUCCUCACCGAGGUGAAAAGCAUGAUUGUUUACGUGGAAAAGAAAGUCCUGGAGGACCCAGCCAUUUCAGGCGAUGAAAACUUUGCGGCCGUUACAAAGAAAUUCUGUACUUUCAGAGAAGAUCUCGACGACAUCUCCAACCGUGUAGACUUUAUAAUCUGUCUCGGUGGAGAUGGAACUUUGCUGUACGCAUCUUCGCUCUUCCAGGAGAGCGUUCCACCAGUCAUGUCCUUCCACCUGGGUUCCCUGGGCUUUCUGACCCCAUUCAAAUUUGAAAACUACCAGUCUCAGGUCAACCAAAUUAUUGAAGGUAACGCUGCCAUUGUCUUAAGAAGUCGCUUGAAAGUGCGGGUGCUCAAAGAGAACUGGGAGAAGAAGGCCAGGGUGGACGAAAAGGGGAUCAUUUUGACCAACGGGGACAUUGAAAGUAGCCGCAAAGCCAUGCAGUAUCAGGUACUGAAUGAGGUGGUGGUGGACCGAGGACCCUCCUCCUAUCUCUCUAACGUAGACCUGUUCUUGGAUGGACACCUCAUUACUACGGUGCAGGGAGAUGGUGUGAUAGUCUCCACACCCACAGGCAGCACAGCGUACGCAGUGGCAGCAGGAGCUUCCAUGAUCCAUCCCAACGUCCCAGCCAUCAUGAUCACCCCCAUCUGCCCGCACUCUCUCUCCUUCAGACCAAUCGUGGUGCCGGCCGGGGUGGAGCUCAAGAUAAUGCUCUCAUGUGACGCCAGAAACACAGCAUGGGUGUCGUUUGAUGGACGAAAGAGACAAGAGAUCUGCCACGGGGACAGUAUUACCAUCACCACUUCCUGCUUCCCCGUUCCAUCGAUCUGCUUCCGGGACCCGGUUAAUGACUGGUUCGAGAGCCUGGCCCAGUGCUUACACUGGAACGUGAGGAAGAAGCAGAACUACCUCAGCUCAGAGGAUGAGGAAUUCUGAGGCCUUCUUCGGGGUCUCCUUAAAGUCUUGGUUUUAGCUUGACCGUUCUCUGUGCCAUUUUUUUUUUCUUUUUUCUCCAUCUUUUACGGAUAGAAGGUCUCACCAAACUCCCUUCAAAAAAAUAAAAAAAUCUGUUAUAAUAGUUUUCAGUAAAACGAGGUUGCUACAGCCCCUCAUUUCAUCCACCUUCACGGCAACAGUUUUAGUUCCCCCACCCCCUCAUGAAGACAGCUUUCUUUUGAUUGGCUGCGCUUUGUAAAUAGAAGGUUAGGGAUUGUCUGUUCUCACUGACAUCAUAAAUACCCAAAACUAGAAGGAAAAAAAUGACCGAGCAGUUUGAAGCUCUACCAGUGUACCACUGUGCAUAUAUGAUAGAAAAUAAGGACAAGCAUUCAAGGUCCUUUUAAUUAAAAAAACAAACAACUAAUACUAAGUCCUACUUUCUAAAAUACUGUUUCAUCAUUCUUGUUUUUUGGUAAACAUUUCGUUCACGACAGUAAAAAGCUAAGCUCCUGUAACGACUGCAAUUGGCUGAAAUGUGGACGCUGCGACAUGCCCUUAAAAUUCAAAAUAUGACUUUAAUAAAUAAAAACAAAUGAGCAUUUUUAAAAGCAUUAGUUAAAGAAAAUUAAACCAAAUAAAAAAAAUUUUUCUUUGUGAACUUUGAAGCAUUAAUACAAUUUCCCAAAUGUUCCCACUGGACGUUCGGUGUGUGAGACUUUUAAAACGAUGGAUUUUUGAAUGGAGUUUGGUUCCACUAUUACUCCAGGAUCUGAAUGCUGUGAAAACCUCUCCUUUCUUGAAGUUGAAACUUCAGCUUGUUAACAAAGUGUUUUGACUAAAAAUGAAAAGGAAAUGCAACACUUGAAGUGAUCUUGUACUGAAACUUAAAGGUCAGUUGUGGUUAUCAGAUGUGUCGUAGCACUUUUUAAUCAGAUGGCAGGGUAAAAACUAGCUCUCUGUGGGGGUGACGGCAGAGUUGCACCUUCCAGGAAAGAUCCAACUCUGGUAAAAAAAAAAUAUGGAUGUAAUGCUAUCAAUGAAUGGCAAAUGUUGUUUUUAGAGUUUUUUUUUUUUUAGUUGCGUCUCAUGGAGGAGCAGAUUUAAAGUACAUCUACCUAGCAACACAACAUUACAGACUGUGCCUUUAAACACUGGUAUCAUUCAUGUAAAGAAGUAAUAUUUUUCAAGGUUUACACCACACUUUAAAAACAAAAAUAAAAAUCACAGAUUUGUGUUUUUGUGCAUUCUCAUUGUUACCACAUUGUGACUGUUUGUCUGCGCUGUUCACAGCACUUGAUUGUCACUCGUUUGUGUCAUUUAUUACAUUGUGUAAUAUCGCUACUAUCAACCACGGUGUGAACACUAGGAGGCGGUAUCCAUUCCAGGCUAAGAGAACACAGAUUGGAAGUCUUCGUAUUUCAUACUUUGUAUUUUUAAAGUCUGCUUUUUAAAAUGUGCUUUAAGCCAUAGUAUAUUUUAUAGACCAAUGUCUGUGGGCUGUGGGUGGUUUAAUGGUCUGUGUGUGAGACUUUGGAUCUGUUCUUAUCAGUUUACCCCUGUGCUGCCUUUCGUGAUUACUUUGAGGUGGCCUGCCUUACAUGUCUGUUCGGGCUUAGUGCCCGGAAGUUAAUAUAUAUGUGUUGUGAAUUGGCUCAACAAACUGUGUCGGGGUGAAAAGAUGAAUAGCUUUCAUCUGUAACGCUAAACAAAAACCACCCGAGCACUAACAGCUAAUUAUUCCUUAAACCUUUGAGUAUGUAUAUAAAUGUAAUGUUUGAAUAAGAUGUAUUUUGUAAAGUUCAUGUGUUUAUUAACAGUUUCUAAUGUAUUACUAAUGGAUAAUAAAUCUAUUUAGUACUUUUUCUUUUACAUUCUUUGGUUGUAAAUUCUGUUUCACUGAUGAAAACCAAUCUGCUUUUAGUAGUUCUGCUCAUCCAACUGAAUUUCUAGCACGGUGUCAUUGGACAGAAGUACAAACUGAGUUAAAUAUCUCUUGAAAUGCAUUCCAGGACAAAGUGAAAAAUCUCAUUUCUGACGUGGACGGUGGCAGAAUUAUUUCAAAUGUUGGUCUGAACUGUUUAAUCUCAGUUUAAAAACACACACGCGAAGUUCAGUAAGAUAACCAGGCUUUGACGACCCUUCUGUGAAGCAUUGUCAACUCUCAAAGUGCUUUUCACUUUUGUAAAUGGGAAUUUUGUAUGAGUACACUUGUUAAUGUUUCUAAUAUGGAGUCUGAUAUUUUUCCCAAAACAUUUAAUAAACAGGUUUAAC